GAAACCAAACCCUCAUGUAAAGUUCAGAAAGCCAAUCAACUUGCAAACCUAACCUCAUUGGCCCAGAAAGGCAGCAACUUGACCGUUUGCUCUAUAAAAAGGCUAGCACAGCCAGUGCCUCCUCUUAUCAAGUCACACCCCAUCAAUCAAAUCCUGCCCCAAAGAGGUCUGAUAAGCAAUGGAGCAGUCCAUCUAUCAUCAACCUUCACCAUGGUACUAUCUCCUUGCAAACCCAGCCCUCUUCUCCUAUCCCCCCACCCCAGAAAACCAUGUCAACUGGUCUGAAACCCCCGAGUCACACAUCUAUUCUGCUGACCUCCCUGGUGUGAGGAAAGAAGAGAUAAAACUUGAGGUAGAGGAUUCAAGGUACCUCAUAAUUAGAACUGAGGCUAUUAAUGAAUCAACUCAGCCUGCCAAGUCCUUCAAUAGAAAAUUCAGGCUUCCUGGUGGGAUUGAUAUUGAGGGAAUAUCAGCAGGAUUUGAAGACGGUGUCUUGACAGUUACUGUACCGAGAGCUUUUAGGAGGAGGGGAUUCUUUAUUGACCCAGAUGAUGUGCCUGAAAGGCUACAAGUUCUUGCUAGGGCUGCUUGAUUUUUUCCAUCCUUAGAUGCUUAAUUAGGCACUAAAACCUAUUGUUUUAUGAUUGAAUGAUUGAUUGCUAGCACUAGUUAUUGGGAUAAGCUAGGCUUGCUAUUGAGAUUGGAAAAAAUUGUGUAAAAACAUUUAUCCAGUAGGCAGAUAAUGCUUUGGUUCUUCAUGUUUGGAAUGAAAGAGUAAUUGUUUUUGUAA